UACCGCCUGUUCCUGUCAGGACGGUUGGGCUGGCGGCAGCAAGGGACCGUUUGUGAGAGAUUGACUUCUGCAUAACGUCUGACUGUAGGCUAUUCGACAAUUACUUUUUCUCAUCAGGGGAGAGUUAAGACACGAGCUUUUGACUUUGUUGCAGUAUGCGUUUUGAAGGCAGCGAUCUUCCCGUAGUUUUUGUUUGGCGUGUGUUGUGAACUCAGCGAUUCACGGCCGUGUUUUGAUCAAAAUGCACCGAGUGGUCGGCACGUUACAGAAGAUGAGGUCGGGCAUUCAUCAGUGCACGCACUUUGCCGCGGCUCCGUAUAGUUGGUUCAGGACUCACUCUGGAACUCGGUCUGGUAGCCGCAGCUUCUUCGACCUUGCGAGAAACUUUAAAAACUUAGAAAUGGAAAAAAAUAAGUUAUCUCGAGACUUCAUUGAUCAGGAACUUUUGAAUGCUGAACUAAAAUAUUAUAAAUCUAAAUCGCACAAGUACAGAAAACUACAAGAUUGGUUUAAAAAGAAAUUGGAAAAAGUGUGCAACCAAUAUAUUUCUAACAGUUACAGUCCUGUGAUACAAAUGAAAGACUUUGAGUAUUUUGAAGAAGGUGGCUGUAUUUAUAGAAGACGUCAGAAUGGUGAUCAAAUUCCUGAAGUUGUCUUAUCCUUGGAUCAGCUGCAGUUCCUUCAAACAACAGAAGCUCAAUUUCAACAUAUCAGAGUCUCACCAAAUCAGAAGUAUUUGGCUUCAAGCAUACGUACUUCAUCGGAUGAGUCUACUUGUGUUGUAGUCAAACUUGUUCCUAAGCCAGAAGUAGUGCAUGUUUUGCCAAGAACAUUUAGUUUUGAAUGGGGUACAGACAAUAGUCUGUUUUACACCAAUUUAGAAAAACUUCAUUCCCAUCAAGCUUUGAAGCUACUACUUGAAGGUGCAACGACAACGUCUGAGGUGGUUUACAAAGAAAAUGACCCAAGGUUUUUUGUAGAAUUGGCCAGCACCAAGGAUGGAAGGUUUAUUACUAUCAACAGUAACAGCAAGAAUAGCUCAGAGGUCUGGUUAUUUGAUCGUAUGUAUGCACAAGUUAACCCCAGGAUUGUGCAAGAACGGGUCCCUGGAGUAAUUUAUCAUGUGGAACACUGGAGAAAUCAGCUAUAUAUUUUGACCAAUUGUGGUGCAACAGAAGAAUACAGACUGAUGAAGACGCCGAUUUCUUCCCCUGGAAUGAAGAGCUGGCAGACUGUUUAUGCAGUAAAAGAGGGAACUAAAUUAAUUGAUAUGGAGCUGUUCAUGGAUCACUGCAUUAUGAUAUUGAAGUAUUCCGAUCACUUGUAUCUACAUGUGUUUUCCCUUGAUGAGCCAAAAACUGUUAAGUGCAUCCAGCUCCCAUCUUGGGCCUGUGUCAUUGAGUCUGAGGAUAAUCUAAAGUACGAGACAAACAAAUUUUCCUUUCGACUGUCCUCUCCAGUGCAGCCACCAGUGAGUUUUCUGUACUCAAUAGAAGGUGAUGAGCUCUAUAUUCAAGAAGAUGGAUCUGAAACAACAAAUACAAUGGACUAUAAAGUGACUUGUUUGAAAGCACCAAGCAUGGAUGGCACUUUGAUACCAAUAACAGUUUUUCAUAAAACAACGUUGAAUAAAAUGAACAAAAAACCUUUGUUAGCCCAUGUCUAUGGAGCUUACGGCAUCGAUUUGAAUGUUAACUUUAAACCAGAGCAAAUGGUGCUAUUGGAAGAUGGCUGGAUUUUAGCAUAUUGUCAUGUUAGAGGAGGUGGAGAGUUAGGUUUAAGCUGGCACAAAGCAAGUCGGUUGGACAAGAAGCAAGUGGGCGUAUAUGACUUAGAGGCUUGUCUUCAUCAUUUGCACUCAAUGGGAUAUUCAAACCCCAGGCGGACUGCCCUCACAGCAAACAGUGCAGGUGGAGUCCUAGCAGGGAGCUUAUGCAAUGUGUCUCCUGAUUCCAUCAGAGCUGUUGUUUUACGAGCUCCUUUCCUCGAUGUUCUCAACACCAUGCUGGAUCCUUCAUUACCACUCACCAUUGAAGAGCAAGAAGAGUGGGGAGAUCCUUUGUCUGAUCAAAAUCUUUUUAAAUGCAUUCAAGCUUAUUGUCCAUAUCAAAAUAUAAAGCCACAGAAAUACCCAUCUAUAUUCAUCACUGCCUACCAGGAUGACCAGCGUGUGCCAUUGUCAGGGUUGCUAAGAUAUACCAGAAAACUGAGAGAUGCUGUGGCUGUUAACGCAUAUAAUACAACAGAUGAAUUACCGAACAUCAUUUUGGAUAUCCGACCUGGAGGUGAUCACUUUGGGCAAUCUAAUUGGAAAGAAUCAAUACAUGAAGUCGCCAGGCAUUACGCAUUUUUAUAUGAAGAGCUAGAACUUUAACGUAGAGGCGUCCAUGAAUAUUUAUUGUAGGUCUUCUAUACAGCUCUCCAACAGAGAACUAAAUGUUGACAUUGGAUUUAGUGAAAAAUAAUUCUUCAGAAUAAUUGUAAUUAAAUUCUAUAUUUGUGGAAUUCAUCCUUUUGUAUUGAUGAACUUUGAAUCAGUAUUUAUUUUUUGUUAGCUAACCAUGGAUGUUCAGUGGUCAUCUUAAAGUAUUUUGAACUUUCGCUAUUUUAUGUACAUGACAAAAAUUAAGGUAUAACGUCAUGGAAAUGUUUUAAAUUCCAAUAAAUCAUUGUCAUAAAU